AUGGAAUCCUCAGCCGGGACAAGUGCGCAGCAGCAGCAGCAGCAGCAGCAGCAGCAGCAGCAGCAGCAGCAGCAGCAGCAGCAGCAGCAGCAGCAGCAGCAGCAGCAGCAGCAGCAGCAGCAGCAGCAGCAGCAGCAGCAGCAGCAGCAGCAGCAGCAGCAGCAGCAGCAGCAGCAGCAGCAGCAGCAGCAGCAGCAGCAGCAGCAGCAGCAGCAGCAGCAGCAGCAGCAGCAGCAGCAGCAGCAGCAGCAGCAGCAGCAGCAGCAGCAGCAGCAGCAGCAGCAGCAGCAGCAGCAGCAGCAGCAGCAGCAGCAGCAGCAGCAGCAGCAGCAGCAGCAGCAGCAGCAGCAGCAGCAGCAGCAGCAGCAGCAGCAGCAGCAGCAGCAGCAGCAGCAGCAGCAGCAGCAGCAGCAGCAGCAGCAGCAGCAGCAGCAGCAGCAGCAGCAUGCAGCAGCAGCAGCAGCAGCAGCUCAGCAGCAAGCAGGCACAGCAGCAGCAGCAGUCAGCAGGCAGCAGCAGCAGCAAGCAGCAGCAGCAGGCAGCAGCAGCAGCAGCAGAGCGCAGCAGCAGCAGCAGCAGCAGCAGCAGCAGCAGCAGCAGCAGCAGCAUCAGCAGCAGCAGCAGCAGCAGCAGCAGCAGCAGCAG